UACCGUACGUGACGCUAUUUUGUCCAUCCAGCCAAUCAGCAGCGUGUAUUUCUGGUAAAGUUUGUCAAGCUUUGUCGGCCAUUUUUAGAAGGUGACCUUAGUGUCGGGUCAAGUCUCGCGAGAGGUGCGAGUUGCCGUUGAAACGAACGGCUCGCUUUUGCAAAUAUCGCGAGAUUUCACGUCGUGCUAUUGCGUAAUGCGUAAAUUCUCGCGUGGAAUUCUCGCGUAGAAACAAACAACAAACAUGGCGGACGACCACACAGAUGCGGAUCAGAGCAUGGAGGGACACACACCUGUUGCAGAAAAUCCCCAUGCAGAAUCUCAUGACGGCUCCUCUCGUGUUACAGAGAAUAGUGGAGAGCGAGAAGGCGAACGCUGACAAAGUGCCCAAACAGAAGGUGGAUAUGCAGACGCUACAGACUCUCCCCACACGAGCGUAUCUGGAUCAGACCGUGGUUCCCAUCCUGCUUCAGGGCCUCUCGGUGCUCGCCAAGGAGCGGCCUCCAAAUCCCAUCGAGUUUUUAGCGACAUUCCUCCUGAAGAACAAGUCGCAGUUCGAGGACAGGAGUUAAGCCGACGGAUGGACGAAGACGCCGAUCGUCACUUGCUCUAAUGUUUGCCGACUGUUAGUUUUUGUUUUUAUUUUUCUCCUUCACACUUGAUUAAAAAUGUUACAGCAGAAAUACGA